AUGUCAAACACUGUUGUCCCUGCUCCAAAACCUACUGUUUUCAGUUUACUCAUUAACUUAACCUCCUUGGCGGCCUGUGGUUGGGGUUUGCGCUGGGCUGCUACCAUUGAGUUACCACCAUCUUUAAAACAAGCAGGCCAUAAGCAGUUCCUGACAAAUAUUUCUGUUAUUGCAACUUUGAUAAGUAACGUCACCAAUGUCGCUAACUUCUUCAUUCAAAGGAAUAAAGACAGCAUCAAAUGCAAGAAGUUACGUGAUCGUUCAAACUUCAUAAGCAGAAAUAUUGCAUUACCCAUCGCAUUAGUAUUAGAAUCAAUCGUUCCUUUGAUUUACUGGCCUUUAAGACUAUUUUUCCUUCCCUUAAUAAUGCAGGGAAUCCCAUCGAAUGAUACACCUUCUCCUGUUCCUAUUUCUGUGGAUUGUUGCAUUCAUCUUUUCCCUUUUAUUUUCCUCAUGUCAGAUCAUUACUUAUCGGGUGCUGGAACUAAGUUCCAGCUUUCUAAUGCUAGAGUCUGGGUGAUCACUACCGCUUUAGGUUUUGGAUAUUAUAGAUAUCUCGCAUUCUUAAUUGAUCCAAAGAGAGGUCAAAGCAACCCAUACCCAUUUUUAGACGUUGAAGAGCCAUAUAAGGGAAUUAUAUUUGUUGGUGCUACCACUUUUGCAUGGUUAUUUUACGUUCUUUACCAAAAAUUUCCACCUAAAACUAUAACAAGAAUUGCGUCAGAGAAGAAAAAAUAUUAA